UUGGAGACUCCUGCGUCCUCCGACUUUUCAUGGAAGAGAUGUCAGGAGAAAGUGUGGUGAGCUCAGCGGUGCCAGCGGCUGCUACCCGCACCACUUCCUUCAAGGGCACGCGUCCCAGCUCUAAGUACGGAAAGCUGAAUGUGGGCGGGGCCCUCUACUACACCAAGCAGACACUGACCAAGCAGGACACCAGGCUGAAAGCCAAGUCCAGCCGGCGCAUGGAAGAAGUACUCACUGACAGUGAAGGCUGGAUCCUUAUUGACCGGUGUGGGAAGCACUUUGGUACAAUACUCAACUACCUUCGAGACGGGGCGGUCCCCUUGCCUGAGAGCCGCCGGGAGAUUGAGGAGCUGCUGGCAGAAGCCAAGUACUACCUGGUCCAGGGCCUGGUGGAAGAAUGCCAGGCAGCCUUACAAAACAAAGAUACUUACGAGCCUUUCUGCAAAGUUCCUGUUAUCACCUCGUCCAAGGAAGAGCAGAAACUUACCGCAACUUCAAAUAAGCCAGCCGUGAAGCUGCUCUACAACAGAAGUAACAACAAAUAUUCAUAUACCAGCAAUUCUGACGACAAUAUGUUGAAAAACAUUGAGCUCUUUGGUAAGCUUUCUCUGCGCUUUAAUGGAAGGGUCCUGUUCAUAAAGGACGUCAUUGGGGAUGAGAUCUGCUGCUGGUCCUUCUAUGGGCAGGGCCGCAAGAUUGCCGAGGUCUGCUGCACCUCCAUUGUCCAUGCCACUGAGAAGCAGCAGACCAAGGUGGAGUUCCCAGAGGCCCGGAUUUAUGGGGAGACCCUCAAUAUUUUGUUGUACGAGGCCCAGGACGGCCGAGGACCUGACAACGCGCUCCUGGAAGCCAGGGGUGGGGCAGCUGGUCGCUCUCACCACCUGGAUGAAGACGAGGAGCGAGAGCGGAUCGAGCGUGUGCGGCGGAUCCACAUCAAGCGCCCGGAUGACCGGGCCCACCUCCACCAGUGAGCAAGCAAGCAAGCGAGCCACCCUCCUCCUCCCUCCUCCCCUGUCAUUCACUCCAAUUCCUGCAGGCUCUUGGGCACCUGCCACUUCCCCUGGAGUCUGAAGAUACUUUUGUACCAAGCCAGAUGAUUAUUUUGAUAUUUCUCGACCAGGUGACUGUCUUUCCCCCAGAUGAAUGCACCCCGUUCUUGACCAAGCUAUGUCCAAGGUCUCCCCCUUCCAUGGGGAUCUGAGAAUCUUUGGAGCUAGGCUUUCUUGGUUCUCGGAGAAAAGUAUGAAUGGGUAUGAAGUGGAUGUGAGAAAUUUUAUUUGCAGUAUUUAUUUUUGUGGGUGUUGACUAUGAUUUGGGCUUUGGG